UAUUAAAGAUACAAGUUGAGUUUAUACUAUAAUUUUUUACGAAAAUGUAUAGACACAAACUGAAUAUUGUAUUUUUUUAAAAAUGGAACAAUGUUGGUAUGAAAUAUAGUGAAAUUUCUCUCUAUAUAUUUAUUAAAAUUAUAAUUAGCAGCUAUAUUUUAUUGUAUCCAUUUAGAUAAAAUAGUUUAUUGUUACUUUGUGAAAAAAUUUAGGUGCAUAGUUCAACGUGCAUAAUCACUCCCUUAUCGGUUUCUAAUUAAUCAUAUUUCAUUUGUUCAAAAUUUAAUUUAUACAUUAUUCAUGUGUAUUUUUGUCCAUCAUGUCACCGGUAAUGAUUGACAUGAGUUUGACAUGAAUCACCUGCUCACAAUGACGGUUAUGAGGCCAGUGAUAGCAUGUACCCAAAAAGUGACCGCAUAGAAGACAAAAUCUUCAUUUUUGACAUAUUUUGGAAGAUAUGUUAGUCUAGCAUCCUAUGUAGGGGUGGCUAACGAUCCGGUUCGCACCAGAGUAAAUCGUACCAAAUUGAUAUUUGGAUCAAAUCAUAUCAGAUUGAAUAUAUUUUGAUUCGAUUUUGAUCCUAUGAAUUAUUUUAAGUAUGAAGAAACAUGGACCAAAAUUGAAUUUGGGAUGGACUAAAUCGAACAAAAUAAACCAAACAUGUUUUUGGUCCGGUUCUCGUCCUUAUUUUUCCUUUGUUUUUGGUUCAGUUUUGUAUCAAUUCGAACAAAUUCUGUACCGAAUCGACCGAUGUCCACCUCUAAUCCUAUGGCAUCAUGUACCGUAGCGUUCAUGCACUAUCAAUUCUUCUAUAAUGGUACCCUAUCUAUACGACAAUUCCUAAUUACAUCCCCACCAUCAAUUUUUGGUUUUUUUGGUUCUCGCUUUAUUCAUUAAUUUUUCAAUCUAAAGAGUAUCAAUAUUUGUGUUGGUUGUUGGGUUGUUUAUCAGCAUGGGAAAGAAUAGAUAUCAUAAAAUGUUCAUGUGACGUAAAUUCUACCGUGUGUAAUGUUUAGUGUGAAGAUAAAGGUUUCGUAAAGAAAAAAUAAUGCAUUGGAAUUUAUAGAUGUGAUGGUGCUUUAGAGGAUGCUGCGAUCACACGAAAUCUAAAAUGACAUUUGCAAAAAUUAGCAUUGAUAUCUUUUUAUAUAGACCUUUACCUCAAGCUGGUGAUUUCUUUAGUUUCCAUACAAUUGAAAAAAAUAAAAAAAAAUGAGAGGAGCUCUCUCCUCUCUCCUUGAGCUCUGCCUCCGCAUGGGGCAGGUUCUUCGGGCCUGCCUGACGGCGAUGCUGGAGGUGGCUCUUGAUAACCAGAAAAUUACUGGUGCUUUCGGCAAAUCGCAUGAUGCUCAUGCAGUGGAGGCUGAGCAUACCCCAGGACGGACGACGAGAGUGUUUUCCUCUGGGCAAAAACGAAAACGGCCAAAGAGCAGCAGCGCUGCUGCGUCCGUCCCUUCUUCUCCCAAACGGCGGCGACUCCAUAAUGUGUAGAUUUGGCAAUUCCGGUUGCCGUCGUCGAGUGAAGUAAUAGAAAGUGAAGUUGAUUGUGAAAGAUCAGAGAAUACAGAUGGUUGUGCUUUAACGGAGAACAAACUUGAAGUAAUAGAGAGUAAACUUAGAUCCCGUUGUGGGGCGAGUUCUCUCCAGCAAUCAUCUGGGGAAAAUCAGCCCAUUAAAGCCUCCCUACGCCGGCCGGUGGCCUGUCCUUGGCCGCCGAUGCCCUUGUUGCGUGUGCUGAUGGGAGUGUCGGUCAGUCAAAAAAACAAAAAUUCCAUCAAAAUAUCUUAAUGGCUCCGAUUUGAUCUUUCUCUAUAUCCCUAGUCGGUUGGAGAUUGUGAGAAAUCUCACAAAUAUCUUAAUGGCUCAGAAUAUUCGAAAAACAAAUAAACAGAAGGGGAUAAC